CUGCAGGCACGCCGCUGUUAGAGCAGCAGCAGUGCUCACCAUGGGAAGAGUCCGACACAGCCCGCCCCCGCUCUGGCUGGGGGCUGCCGUCGCAACCUGCCUGGUGACCGUGGGAUUGGGAUUGGCUGUACCCCAGGGUGCAGGCUGGGCGCAGCUCCUGAGGCAUCGCCGCAGCAGUAACAGCUCUUCACCACCGGAGCCUCCCAAGGACGCCAACGGCCGCCCCAUGCCUCCCCCAGACGGCUACGCCCACGGAAGGGGGAAGAGGGACGCGCACAGUUUUAGUACAACCACAGCAGCCCCACUAGAAUACAUCAGUUCUGGCUGGGCGCAGCCCCUGAGGCAUCGCCGCAGCAGUAACAGCUCUUCACCCCCGGAGCCUCCCAAGGACGCCAACGGCCGCCCCAUGCCUCCCCCAGACGGCUACGCUCACGGAAGGGGGAGGAGGGACGCACACAGCUUUGGUUCUGAAACAACCACAGCAGCCCCACUAGAAUACAUCAAUUCUGGUUCUGCCAGAGAGAAGCGCAGCAGUGUUGAUGACGAGGCAGCGGCGUCACCUCACGUCCUGGAGGUGACAGGUGGCAGGAACCGUCGUUCCAGCAACCAUUCGGCGCCACCAAGAGGCCCGCCCCCCAACCGAGGGCGCAGGGCUGCUGGGGACCUUGAGAGUGCUGCUGCAGAUGGUGGAGUCGGCCAGUGGGACGAUGCACAGCAGCCAAUAGCCUUAGAGAGGGAGCGGCGCGCCAGCAACCAUUCUGGUCCUCCCAGAGGACCUCCACCCGGCAGGGGCCGCAGGCAGCUGGAGGAGGAGGAGCCAGAGGCUGUGGACGAUGAUGGCCAGUGGAAAAACACAUGGCAGCCAGUGGCAGUAAUGAGGGAGAGGCGGGCCAGCAACCACUCGCGACCUCCCAAGGGGCCUCCACCUGGCAACCAUUCAGGACGUCCCAAGGGGCCCCCACCCAGCAGAGGCCGCAGGCAGCUCGACCAACAGGCACCAGGGGCAGAGGCCGAGGACUGGGAACAGCUGGAGCAGAGUGAAUCGCCGGCAAGGGAGAGACGGGCCAGCAACCACUCGAGACCUCCCAAGGGGCCUCCACCCGGCAGGGGCGGCGGCCAGCUGCACCACUCAGCAGAGGACGAAGAGGCAGCGCACGCGAUGCGACAGCGGCGGGACUCGACAUCGGACAGCAGCAGCAGCAGCAGCGAGGACAGCGCUGACGACGACGACGACGACGAGCAGGACGAAGAAGAUGAAGACGACUCCAGCUCCCGCGGUCCGCCCCGGCGCGGCCGGCCGCCUCCGAGGGGCGGCCCUCAAGGCAGGGGCCCGCCCCCCAGGGGCUGCGGGCGCCGCCGCCCCCCCUCAGACUCCGGCACCAACUCCACCUCCACAGACACCGACACGGAGACGGUGGAGAGGUACUCCAGGGGCCGCGGCAGGAACAGGGGCUGACCGCCGCCUGAUGUGUAAACGCUUGCCAAAUAAACCAUCCCACAUGCACUGAACUACAAAAAUUCUUUGUUAUUUCUUACUUUUAUUUUCUAUCAGCCUCGUAAUCGAGCUGCAAUUUCCUAAUUAUUCAUUUAUUUGAAGGGUGGGCAACGAAAACGUUGUAAGCGCCAUUUUUAUCACGAAGCGUAUUUUCAGAGAUGUUGUGUUCUCGGUACUCUGUUGCAUGUCCCAAAACCUGACCCAGGUACCAAACCAUGGAGAAAAUCUGUGAAAAUGAGUUUAGUAGAUGGCGCAUCGCUUAUGUGACAAGCUUUGUUUUUCUGUGGAGUUUAAUAAUUUAAAAUAUUUGAGAAGUGUUUUUUGUUGUCUAUAGCUGCUGUAUUUCUGUGCUUGCAUUACUUCAAAUAAAAUGUAGUGCCUCAGUACUA